AUGGCACCCGUCUCCGAGUCCUUCCACGCCUUCCUCGAACGGCAAGAGUUCUCCCCAGAAGCCACCUUCACGGAAAAGGCGAUAGUUCUGAUGGUCUUCGGCCACACUAUCCUCCUCUACUCGGUGAUUUGGUGGAUCGUGGCCAGCAGAGUCUCGCGUGGGUCCCCCAGUUCCUGCACGAACCGCUUUGGAUGUGGUCUGAGCUGA